CAUUAUGUGCCUAUAAAUUGCACUUCCCCAGAACCUCGUGUCACUCACGCCUUGAAAAGAACAGAGCAACACAUUAGUAAGAUCCUCAGACCAACAAUGGAGCUCACUUUUCCUGUAAUUGACUUCUCCAAACUCAAUGGCGAGGAGAGAGCAACCGCCAUGGAAAUGAUCAGCGAUGCCUGUGAGAAUUGGGGCUUCUUUGAGCUGGUGAACCAUGGGAUAUCUCAUGAGCUGCUCGACACAGUGGAGAGGCAGACAAAGGAGCACUACAGAAAGUGCAUGGAGCAAAGGUUCAAAGAAAUGGUUGCCAGUAAGGGUCUUGAGACUGUUCAAUCUGAGAUCAAUGACAUGGACUGGGAAAGCACCCUCUUCUUGCGCCACUUGCCUGAAUCAAACAUGUCUGAAAUUCCUGAUCUUGAACAAGAUUACAGAAAGGUGAUGAAGGAAUUCGCAGUGGAGUUGGAGAAGCUUGCAGAGCAACUUUUGGACUUGUUGUGCGAGAAUAUGGGGUUGGAGCCUGGUUACCUGAAAAAGGUGUUCUAUGGGUCCAAAGGGCCAAACUUUGGAACCAAAAUCAGCAACUACCCUCCAUGCCCCAAACCAGACCUGAUCAAGGGACUCAGGGCUCACACUGAUGCUGGUGGAAUCAUCUUACUGUUCCAAGAUGACAAGGUCAGCGGCCUUCAGCUUCUCAAGGAUGAACAAUGGAUCGAUGUUCUUCCCAUGAAACACUCCAUCGUCGUCAACCUUGGUGACCAGCUUGAGGUAUAACAAAGCAACUGUUUUCCUUUGAGAAACGGGUUUAAUUUAGCAGUGUGUUUCUGUUAAUAAGUUUAGUCGGCUUACGUAUAAAUUAUUAUGUUAAAUUAUUACAGUUGUGGAAUUUGUGAGUGCUAGCAGGUGUGGAUCUUAGUAGUUCAAAUAAGCUUGGACUAAGAAUCCCUCUGUUUUAUAUGAAACCUGGUCGAUAGUGGCUGUGAUUUAAAU